UGGUGGCAGGCCAGGCAGCAUGAUGGAUGAAUCACUGAAUAAGAGAGUGUGUGUGUGUGUGUGUGUGUGUGUGUGUGUGUGUGGUAUGGUAUGUGUGUGAGUGUGUCUUAGGAAAGUCCUUGGUGGAAGCCCUUGCCUCAGAAUCUUCUUUUUCUUACCAUACUACUAUCGUAUUUGUGCUGUGGACCUGCUCCCAGAGCCCACUAGGCAAAUCAGUGCAUUUCUAUUGAAUAGAAGCAAUAAGCAGAUACAUAAUGCAGAGGCCUUUGCCUUCUGGCUUAUAACUUUAGACAAACAUCUCCUGUCUGAUGUUGCCUGUCCUUGAUGCAGGAGGCUUCUGAGUGGGCCCAAAGUUGUAGCUGAGUGCAACUUGGACAACUAACAGAAGCCAAUAAAAGAAGCUUCCAGUGUGCUUCUUGCAAGAGGAUGAAAAAAAAGUUGUGUGGGCAGAUGGGAACUUAUGUGGAGUUUUUAGGGUGCUGUAUCCACCUUGAAGUCCAGAUACCUGCUACAGAAGAUACAGGGACCUGAUGUGGAUAGGGACCAGUGCUCAUCCUACUCCCUGUGGUUGUGACAUGAUUACCCACAGGGCUGUGGCUUUACUUAGCAGCUAUGGCUCACAGGCUCACUUGUUCAUGACCAGCCUUCAUGUGUCUAGUUGGCUUCAUCCCGUUCUUUUGGAGAUAACUGCAUUUCCCUCAGCACAGAGAGCUAUGGGACAAGGGACAACAAGCAUGUGGCAUUAUCGCUGGAAGAAGGGCCUACCAGGCAGACAGCUGAGAGGAACUCAGCCUGUCUGUCAUCGCCCUCAGCCCCCAAGGUGCCCAGCCAAAGACCAGACCUUUCAGGGGGAUGAAGAGAAGGACCCUCCAAAAAGCUACCCUUACUCUGUAGAGACCCCAUACGGCUUUCACUUAGACCUAGACUUCCUUAAGUAUGUGGAUGACAUUGAGAAGGGAAACACAAUCAAAAGGAUUCCUAUCCACAGAAGAGCCAAGCAGGCCAAGUUUAGCACUUUGCCCCGAAACUUCAGCCUUCCAGACAGUGGGGCUCGCCCCCAGGCCACUCUUCCCCAGCAAUACUGGUCCCCAUUGGUGCCAAGGAAGGUGUCACUGGGGACCCAGGAGCAAAUCCAGUCCCUGUCACCAGGUGAUCCCCCCCAGGCCUCGACCAGUGGAAGUGAACUGAGCUGCCAUAGGAAGGCCCUGUUGGCAGAGGCCUCCAGGCUAUUGGAGGCUGUCGCCCUGGAGGACGCUGAUGUCGCCUCUGGGAGUGGACGGCCCCAACUUUUGAGGGCAUCCAGCAUGCCGGCCACGCUGCUGCAAAACAGGGCCUCAGAGGAGGCAAGCCUGAGCUCAGGGUCCCCCGUGCCUCCAAGCCUGCCUGCACUCCAUAGUGAAAGCAAUGUCAGUGAUGGCGCCUUUGGCCCUGCAGAAGGAUUUGCAGGUUUGCACAGCGCCAGCCUGCAAGCAUCAGCCCAUGCAGGCAGGGAGCCAGGAGACCUGGUGCAGGGGAUUCCAGAGCCAGUCCAGGAGGGGGCUGAGCCUGCAGAGGGGGAAGUGAAGGUUGCAGGUCCCUUGGCUCUUCCAGGCCCUCCUUCCUCAUUCCAGAAUGCACUUGUUGUCCUAGAGGAUGUAGAAGGCCAACACCAAACCAGGGAAGAAGAGGUGGUGUUCACGCCUGGCACCUCAACACCCAGCCCUCCUCCUCUGCCGUCACCCAUCCCUGAGAAUGAGCUGCCCCUGGAGGAUAUUGAGCUGAACAUUAGCGAGAUCCCACCCCCGCCACCCGUGGAGGUGGACGUGAGAAGCAUUGGCACCCGGGUAACGGAAGAAAGCCUGGGCCUGGUCAGGAUGGAUCCCAGCUGCCUCUCCAGCCUAAAGCAGCAGGUCUCAGCUCUUGAGGGUACGUUGUUGGGAAGAACGGAGGAGCUGGCCCAGGUCAGAGUUGCCCUCCAGAAGCGGGAAGAGGAAAUCAAGGCCAGAGAGCAGAAAAUUCAAGAGUUAGAGUCCACAGUAGCCCAAUUAGAAGGAAAGCUUAGCCAAGAGAACACUAGAGAUGCCCAGGGCCAGACAGACGCCAUGGUGAACACUGACCCUUUCCAUGGACACUUCCCAGAAGAGUCAUGUGACAAAAGCAUUGGGGUCAACCUUCUGAGUAUAACAGACCCUAAACUCUGGGGACCUAGAGGGGAAGAAAAUGGCCUUCUGUGGGGGCAAAACAGUCACACACAAGGAGAUCAGAGCCUUGCACAGCAUGUGCUACCACCCCAGCUGUCACUGCCAAAGGGACCCGAAAAGGUCCUAGCCUCAUCUUUGUGUAGCUGCCUCUCCACUGAACUCAGGAUCGAAGAAGAGGGCUCUGAGCAGGUGAGUGGCCCAGAGGCAGGAGCCGAAGGCCUGACCAGGGCAGCAAACAGCUUGUCAUGGAGCAGCAGAGAGGCCACCUUAACAGCCUGGGAGGAGGCCAGUUCAGAGCUCCCUGGGAAGGAGCGCCAGGAAAGGCCACCAAGCUCUCCGACAGAUGUCACAAUUGGGCAAUAUGUGAAGAAGAUCCAGGAGCUCCUGCAGGAGCAGUGGAGCUGCCUUGAGCACGGAUACCCUGAGCUAGCCAGCGCCAUCAAGCAGCCGGCCUCCAAGCUCAGCAGCAUCCAGAGCCAGCUGCUCAGCUCUCUCAACCUACUGCUGUCUGCCUACUCCGCCCAUGCUCCGGCCCAGGAGCCUGCAGCCCCGCCCUCCUCCCCACCAACUGAGAUCUCCCCGUCGACCAGCCUUAAAUCCAUAAUGAAAAAGAAAGACUAUGGCUUUCGUGCAGGAGGUAAUGGGACCAAAAAGAACCUUCAGUUUGUUGGGGUUAACGGUGGCUAUGAGACCACCUCUAGUGAGGAGACCAGUGGUGAGGACAGCUCCCCGGAGGACUUGUCUGACAGCGAGACUGAGAAGAAAUGUGAUGACCCAGAACACAGGCAAGGCAGGGCUGCCCACCCCAGCUGUGAGGCUGGACCAGGAGACCCCAAAGUCAUUCACAACACAGGCCAGGAAAGUGGGCCUGGGGAUGAAGCCUCCCAUCCCAAGGCUGAGAGAUACAGACCCUCAGAAGAAUUUCUUCAUGCAUGUCAGGAAUUGAGCCAACGUCUCCCUGAAACUGGGGCCACCACCGACCAGCUCUUGAGGCAAAGCUUGAACACCAUCAGUCAAGAGUGGUUCCGUGUGUCCAGCCGGAAGUCAUCUAGCCCUGCUGUGGUGGCCGCCUACCCUCGGGUCCAGCCUCACUCCCCACAUCUCCUGAGGCUGCUUGUCAACUUGGCUGACCGCAGCGGGAACACGGCUCUGCUCUACAGCGUGUCCUACUCCAACUUUGCCAUCGUGAAGCUGCUGCUGGACACAGGUGUCUGUAACGUGGACCAUCAGAACAAAGCUGGCUAUACUGCUGUGAUGAUCACUCCCUUGGCUUCUGCAGAGACAGAUGAAGACAUGGCUGUUGUCCGGAAGCUCUUAAGAGAAGGAAAUGUGAACAUCCAAGCUACUCAGGGAGGCCAGACUGCGCUGAUGCUGGGAGUCAGCCACGACCGGGAGGACAUGGUCCAAGCGCUACUGAGCUGCCAGGCAGAUGUCAACCUGCAGGACCAGGAUGGAUCCUCAGCCCUCAUGCUGGCUUGUCACCGUGGCAACACUGAUAUGGUGCGGCUGCUGUUGGCACACCCUGCUUGCGACAGCAGCCUGACUGACAAGGCUGGCCACACAGCUUUGUCCAUCGUGCUGAAGUCACCCACCCAUGUGGAAAUUGCAGAGCUUCUGAGAGCCCACUCAGAACGGGGCAGGUCCCUGGGGCUGUAGGAGCUGCAGGAGAACUGGCAGCCAGGAACAAAAGGCUCCUUCUCUGGACUCCGCCCUUGUCCUUGGAGAGGGCAGGGGUCAGAGCCAGAGGGCUGCCUCUCAAGAGAAGAAACUAUUUCAAAUAUGCACAUACAUUCCUGUUGUGUAAUUCUGCUCAUUAGGAUGCUUUGUAGUUUUUGCCUUAGGUCAAGCCCCAAAACUACACUGGACUUCAGAGCAGGGAGCAAGGCGCAGAGUGCUGGGUACACUGGUGUCAUCCAAAAAUCCAAAACAUCUUCAGCCUUGAAUUCCUGGUGACUACCUUUGCAGCACCGUGUAGCCAGCAGGCAGGCAGCAGCACACCCGCAUGUUAGAAAAGCAAUACUUUUUACAUGGCCUUUUUGUUUUUAAUCAAGUAUAUCCAAAUAUAUCCAUUGGAUAUGCAUGUCUAGAGAAGAUGGGAGAGGACUUCAGCUGCCACCCUGGUGAUCCUUCUCAAGAAGUCCCUAGGGAAUACACGGUGAAGACAGGUGACACUGAUCAAGUUCCAUUUGGACACUUAGUUUAGAUGGGGUGACAGAAUAAUCUUCAAUUCUAACAGGACGGGAAGAAACACAUUAAAGCCAAUGCCACGUGUACAGUCUCGAACACUGCUGGGUCACCCAGUGGCUCUGGUUGCUCUGUGGAAAAUAGAAUUAAUCAGGAAAUCCAGUCCAAUGACACACACCACGCAUACAUAUUUAGGCAGAGUCCAGUUACAUCAGCUAUUCUUAACCUGUGACAGAAGGGACUGAGUCGGAGCACACUUCAUUUUGGGGAUGACAUCCUCUAGAAGCUACCACCUCUCCUCCAUAGCCUCAUGAUAAUCCCCAGUACCCUCCAUAGGACUCUAAAGAGUCCCAGGCUUCUGGCUGCACAGUGGGCCCUCCAGCCUGGGCUAUAGCCAGGCUGGUCAGGGCAGGGUCCUCCCUGGACUGACAUCUGGCUCCUCUGAAUAAUUCUUCCUCAGUUUCCAUAAUCCAGGGUUCAUGUUCAAAGCUCACACAAGAUGAUCUGUGAAUGUGUUCUAAAGUCUUUUGUGCAAAAAAUAAAAAUAAAACCCUUAAAUAGAAAAGAAAGACGUCACUGAAAACUCAAAAGCAUGAGUUCUUAUUUGGACUGGAAUGCCAGUUUGCUUGGCGGCCCUUGAGUGAGUCACAAAGCUUGGGCGUCAGUUUCAUCAUCUCUGACAGCAGAAAUGAUCCUACAACCUACCUCCUGGGGGUGCUGAGCAAGAAACUGCUGAUGGGAGUUCAGGAAUCCAGUUUAUAACUCAUAAAGGCUGUCUUCAGUAAUGGUACAACAAACUUCUUUACACUGUUGUGACUCAUAAGAAACAUCACACAGUCCCAGGGCGGGAACACUGACGUCUCGGUGCUGCUCAGAAAUGAAGAGAAUGGAGCACACGAUGAGCUAAAAAAAAAAAAUUUUUUAAAUGCAAAGUGGAUUUAUUUCCACCUCAACUCUAUUGUAAAAGCAAGAAAAGCUUCACCUUAAUUCGUGUUCUAGACCAGUGCUUUGCAAACAUUAACGUGACACAAUCCUCUGGGAUCCUGUUGCACACAGUAAGCCUAGGGUGGCGCCCAAGAUUCUGUAUUUCUGACCAGUUCCCAGAGGAUGCUGAUGCUGUGGGGCCACAACCACACUUGGGGUAGCAAGGCCCUUGCCUGUCCUUAGUCUUUGUCUAUUAAAAUGCUGCCU